UAUUCAUAUUCUGCCAGGUUUAGCCCAGAAGCUCUAAACUGGAUGUUUGUCAAGGGAUUGCUUGGAUGGUUUAUGCAAGUCAUGCUCCUGAAAGUAACUCUGCUUUCGUUGGGUAGUGGGGAGGCACCUUUGCUGGACAUUGUGGCAUAUGCUGGUUAUGCUUUUGCAGGAGUGUGUCUGGCUGUUCUUGGGAGGAUCCUGUUGAGUUACUCUUACUAUUUGCUGAUUCUCUGGACAUGCAUGUGCAUGGGAAUCUUCUUGGUGAAGACGAUGAAGAGAGUCCUCUUCGCUGAGAUGAGAAGUCAUGAUUCAAGCAGGCAUCAUUAUCUCCUGAUCUUUAUUGCUUUUGCUCAGCUCCCACUUUUCUUGUGGCUUGGCAACAUUACUGUUAACUGGCUUUUUUAAACUGCAUCCUUAUAUACUGUAGUGAGAAUCAAUUCUGUCCAUAGCUGCUUUUUAAAUGUUUCAGGCAAUUCAGUUCUCAGUUGAUUA